AUGAAAUUCACUGCUAUUGCUUCCGGCAUUAUCUUGGCUGCUUCCUCCGUAGCAGCUCAAUUAACUGCUCCCAUGCAAAACUACAAUGUUAGCAGCCCUGUUUCCAAUGGUCCCUAUGUUGUUGGCCAAAUCUUACCAUGUACCAUUCAACUCUUUGAAAAUGUCGUGUCAGAUAUUGCUCUCUCCAUCUCACUUGAUUCUGCUGCUGCCGGUAGCAAUCUCACUUAUCCCAUUGCUGCUUCAGUGGAUGUCUCAAAGACCACUGCCAGUGCUAAACAAAACGGCAAUAUUACUUACUAUGAACAUUCUGUAAAUUACAACAUCCCCACCACCGUGGUUCCUGGCGCCUACAAGGUUGUCUUUUUAGACUCCAAGACAAAUACCCAUCUUGAUGUUCCCAUCAAUGUCUUGCCUGCCGCUUCAGCUUCCGCUAUCAUAUCUGCUGCUUCCACUGGUGCUGCAGCUGCCACAUCUACCUCUGCAGGCUCUAUCUUUAAAGAGAGCGGUAAUGGCGUUGCUGCCAUGUCUCCCUCAAAAGCAAUUGUUUCCCUUGCUUGCGUUGCUGUUUUGGCCUACAUGCUUUAA